AUGGUUGCUCGUUUCAGACAUCGAUAUGGUGCUUUGUCAGUGACUGUCUGCUACGCGCCAACUAAUGAAGCAACGGCUGAAACCAAAGACCUCUUUUACAGCGCACUGGAGGACUCGUUUCGCUUCACCAGGCUCACCGACCUCAUUUUUAUUUGCCUAGGCGACUUUAUCGCGGUAACGGGUGUUGACCACCGUAUGCCUGCGGUAGUUGGCCCAAUAAGUAGCGGAUUACCUAACAACAACUCUGAUUGUUUUCUGGAAUUCUUGCCUCCGCUAGACGUAAGACCUCUCUCUAGAUUCAAUAUCCGUCUUCUACGGGAUAAUGUCACUGCCGCAACAUACACGGCUGAAGUGGAGAAGUGUUUCAUCACUGCUCCAGAAAAUGAGUUCUCCUCGUGGGAUUCAUUUUGUGAUGCGAUGGCCAAACGGCUGAUAAGGUUUUUGGUCAUGCAGUUCCCAUGCGUCAUGAGUGGAUCUCAACCGCAACAAGGCAACUGA